AUGCGUUACGUUAAUACGCGAGCAACCGCGAAUCGCGACGCUUCCGCGCUCAUAUUGAUUGCUGGUGACAUUGUUAUCAAUACUCCCCGGCUGCCGGGCCGGCGCUACACCCGGCUCCGGCGACCGGCGCGAUCCGCGGCCGCUCUACUCGCCACCCAAAAGAAACAGAAACGUAUCUUCGCGCGUUCCCCGAUGAAGAUGGAGUCCGCCGUGGACUCAGCGUCGACCGCGAGCGAGGUGAGCGGCUCGUCCGGGGGCUCGCCGAGGGUGAAGGCGGCGUCGCCGGCGCGGGCGCUCAGCCCUCCGCAGCUGCUGGCGCCACGCAUGGCCUUGCCGCCGCCCGGCCUGGGCCUGCUGGGCUCGCUGCAGAUGAUGCACCACUCGCCGCUGGAGCUCAUGGCCGCGGCGCACCACCACAACCCUCACCGCUACGGCAGCCCACCACCAAUCUCCACCUCCGACCCCUCGGCCAACGAGUGCAAGCUGGUCGACUACCGCGGCCAGAAGGUUGCCGCGUUCAUAAUCCAAGGCGACACGAUGCUGUGCCUGCCGCAGGCGUUCGAGCUGUUCCUCAAGCACCUGGUGGGCGGACUGCACACGGUGUACACGAAGCUGAAGCGCUUGGACAUAGUGCCGCUGGUGUGCAACGUGGAGCAAGUGCGCAUCCUGCGUGGCCUGGGCGCCAUCCAGCCGGGCGUCAACCGCUGCAAGCUGCUCUCCUGCAAGGACUUCGACGUGCUCUACCGGGACUGCACUACGGCAAGCUCCAGACCGGGUCGACCUCCGAAGCGUGCCUCCGGAGUGGGUCUUUCGCUUGCCGCCACCCAGUUCCCGGGCCACCCGUUCAAGAAGCACCGACUAGAAAAUGGGGACUACUCACCUUAUGAAAAUGGACAUAUGAGUGAAAUGGCCCGUAUGGACAAAUCCCCGCUCCUCGCGAACGGGUACAACGCACCCCCCACCCACCUCGGGCCCAUGGGCUUCAUGCACCAGCAUGCGCUCAUGUCCCCGGGCAUGCCUCACCCGGGCGUGCCCAGGCCUGACGGAUCCAUCAUAAAAGGACAACCAAUGCACAACAUGGAAGCACUAGCAAGAUCUGGUAUUUGGGAGAAUUGUAGAGCAGCAUACGAGGACAUCGUUAAACAUCUCGAAAGGUUGCGUGAUGAACGGGGUGAUAUAGAACGUGUUAUAGCAAUGGACAAGGCGCGCGAGGGUUCACAUAAUGGUUCCUCUCCGGGCCACAGUCCUGUGCUAAACCUGUCAAAAUCUGGUUCUGGAGAGCGGGAACGGUCAGACCGGGACCGGGAUCGGGAGCGAGUGGAGAGGGGCGAAGGGUCGGCCAGCGGACGUAGUUCUGCUGCCUCCCGUCGCACGCCGCAACCGCCGCGUAUACCUUCCACUGCCGCGGCGGUUUCCCCACGCUCUCAUACCGAUGAAAGCGACGCUGCUCUGUCUGAUCAGGACGAUCACAACGUCAAAGAUGAGGAUGAUGGAGCAGAUCUCAGCGAUGGGGAACGAGACCUCGCUACGAAUUCAUCACCAGCACCAGUCAGCUACCCCCCACAAGGCUCGCCGUCAAACGUGCCCGUGGACCCCACUGCUGACACCUUGGUCUCCUCCACUGAGACCCUCCUCAGAAACAUCCAAGGUCUCCUCAAAGUAGCGGCAGAUAAUGCCCGCCAACAAGAACGACAAAUCAGUUACGAAAAAGCGGAACUAAAAAUGGACGUGUUAAGAGAAAGAGAAGUAAAAGACAACCUGGAAAGACAACUGUUGGACGAACAAAAAAUGAGAGUAAUGUAUCAGAAGAGGUUAAAGAAAGAAAGAAAGCAGCGGCAACAAAUUCAAGAUCAAUUAGAAUUGGAACUAAAAAGACGACAGAAGAUAGAAGAAGCGUUGAAGCAAUCAGGAGCACCGGGAGAAAUCCUCAGAAUAGUAACUGAGAAUUUAUCGCCACCGUCUCAAGAAAACCGCGAACGUGAAAAUGGAACGGAAAGCAAACCACCUAGCACAGAACCUCCCACCUCGUCGCCGCCCUUCCAGCGGGACCCGCCACGCACGCCUGAUAAGCCCCAGUGGAACUAUCCGCCACCGCCUGUCGACAUCAUGAGUGGGGGAGCUGCUUUUUGGCAGAACUACUCUGAGUCCUUGGCGCAAGAGUUGGAGAUGGAACGGAAAUCUCGCCAGCAAGCCAUGGAGCGUGACGUCAAGAGCCCUCUGUCAGACCGCGCCAGCUACUAUAAGAAUUCGGUGUUGUUUAGCUCGGCCACUUAGCUGACAAGCACCGGGGCCACGGAUCUCCCCGACAACCAACAAUACGAAAAAGAUAGUGACGACACGAGAAAACCCAUCAUAAGCGUUAAACCUGAGUUCAGGGAAAAAUAGGACACUCAAAGAUUUGUCUUUAGAAAUAAUCCUAUCGACCGGACCUUCGUGACGGGUCGGUCACUCAAACGUCUUACUCCGAAACGAUAUGCUCGUUUGUAAAUUAAAAGUUAUUCAUCUAAUAUUAUUUAGCAUUA